AAGUGCUGUCUUACAUGGAUGCAGAGGCGACCAGACGAAGUUUCCGUUGUGCGUGGAACAGGCGUACAUGUACAUUAAAUUUCUUUAAUCUCUGGAGUCAGACCUUAAGGUUUUGUAUCAUCAACUACAAAGUUUUAUACGAAGAUGUAUCACCACCCACUUGUGAUGUUUGUGGCAGCCUUGUGGCUGUUGAUGUUCCUUCCUGUUGACAAGGUCCUUGUGACCUCAAUGAGGCUGAAGACUGACCGGCCAAGAAUUACACUGGAUAAGCUGCGAGGUCUCUCUUUUGAUGUCAAGUUCCACCAACCAUCGAAGACUGGUCAGCCAUUCUACCGAAUACUCAACAAGAUUAAGAAUACUGGCAAUGAGGUGGUCUACAUCGGAGGCAACGAGACACUCAUAAAAUUGAGCAUAAAUGCAACAAAUAGUGCAACCUCAAUUUAUACAACAGACCUGGUGACAGAUGAGCCGCCUUUAAUUGUUUCUUGUGACCAGAAAAGUACGGACCCUGAGAAGGAGUGUUGGAAUUUCAUCCGUGUGGCUGAGGAGACAAGUUCAAGUGGUUCCUACGUUUGCGGCACCAAUUCACAAAGUGCCCUCUGCUACUUGUGCUCCCAAGACCUGAUGAACUGUUCCAGCGUGAGUGGCGCUGCACCAAAACUGGUACCUUUACUGCCUGGUGUCAAUCCAUCUGCUGCUGUCUUCAACCAAGAUGGAUCCGAGAUUUUGUAUGGAGGAGAUGCCAACAGCGAUACCUUCCAACGUUACGGUCUGAGUGCUGAUGGAAGCACUACUUUUGAAUUGGAUACUGUGACUGUGGGCCUUCAAUUUAUCAACGAGGCCGUCUUUGUCGGCAAACCCUUCCCUUUCACUGAUUCCAGCGACAGGAAGUACAUUUUCACUUUCUACCGUGAGAGAGCCGAGGAAUAUUCCAACCUCGGGGAGAAACUGUACUCGAGAAUCGCGAGAGUAUGCCAGAAUGAUACAGGAGGCCCCGUGAACACCCAGAAGUUUGUCACUUUCAUCAAGGCACGUCUCAACUGCUCCAUUCCAGAUGAUCUGUUGCCUUACGAGUUCAGUGAAAUACAGGAUGUGCUUUGGACUGAUGGAAACGAAGGCCCUGAAGCAUACGCUGUGUUCACGUCACCAACAAAUGGACCGGAAGCCUCAGCUCUUUGCCGCUACAGGAUGGUGGAUAUCAUGAAGCUGUUCGACGAGGGUGAAUCCAAGUUACAGCUUGGCGGUAACGUCAAUCGCCAGUGGCUGCCAAUAUUGCUGGAAAAUCCCCGGCCCGGAACAUGCGAUGAAGUACACACCACAGAUUAUCCUCCGCUUCUGGAUAAGUUGGUGCCCAACUAUAACCCCCUGGAACCGGCCCCAGGAGAUCAACCUCCCCCACCAGCAAAUCUUAAGCAGUCUGAUGCACCCACACUUUACGUGGACGGAGUCCACUUCACCAGCCUGGCCAUCGAUAUUGAUAAUUGCACCUACUACUUUGGUACAACUACUGGAAGUGUGAUCAAAGCUUUCAAGUACAAUUGCAAUAGUGCAGCUGAGCCGUUCAAAACCAUUGAGAUCACUGAGCUGGGGACAAGUGGAACCACCGUGACAGGGCUGGAGCUGAUCAGUAAGGGCAAUGCGAAGUUUCUGGUGGUGACAACGGAGGAGAGCGUCAUCACAUGGAGAACCGAGCGCACAGUGUGCUCAGGCAAAUGCAUGAGUGAAUGUGAAGAACUUGGACCAGGCUGUGUUUGGAGGGACAAUAGGUGUCAAUGUGUUCUUCCAUAUGACUGUAUCAAUGGCGAUUCCAGUGGUACCAGUACAUUUCUUGUUCAGCCGGACAUGAGCAGCAUCCGAACACUUUCAAACAGUGAAGUUGUUUUGCUCUGCCAAGUCGAUUUUGGAUCAUGCCCAGAGAGGCCUGUCAAUCUCUCUUGGGUCCAAGAUCACAAUGAUUCGUUUGUUAAUAACAACAAUCAUUUGGUCAAAUUGACGAAGCUCUCCGACAAACUGCUAGAGCUGAGGUUGAGAGUUAUCCACAACAAGAGUAAUGGCAGCUAUACAUGCACAGCCCAAGUUGGAGACAAAAUGGAGACCAGACAGGUGCAAGUGGAAGCGGACAAUCGCCUUACUGAAGAUGGUAUAAAGUUAAGGUGUGAUCACUACCAAGAGCUGGAGCGUAAUAAACCAGUGGUUAGUGGCGACACAUGUUCAGUUGAUAUUGAGGAGUGCAGUUCUUGUUACAUUGGGCACCAGUCUGAUAGACCGCCUUUCUAGAGCGUACUGGAUAGUGUCGGUGAGUUUGGAACAAGGUGGGCUAAUCCGAGAGAGGCUGAUUAGAGGAGGAAAUACAUAUUGCACACAUUGAUGUGAUUUGGUGGGAACUUUUAUUUAGCUGAAAUGUACGAGUUUCUUUUUACAGUGCUUUACAGAUUAGGAGUGACCGUUCUCAUUUGGGGGAAUAAUUAAAACCGAGAUUAAUGGUUUUGUCUGCAUGGAGGAAGCUAUUUAUCUCAAGCACAUGUGAUGCUGCUUGGUUGUGCCUUUUGUAUGCUGUAACGACUGCAGAGGAAUUAUGUUUGUAUUUGUAGCACCUUUGUUCGGUGUUGUAUUUGAGUCCAUCGUAAGUCCUUUGACAAGUCCCUUCACAAGGUCAGUCACUAGUCCCUCCACAAGUUUAGUCACAAGUCCCUUCACAUUUAGUAACAAUGAUGGAAAAAUGCUUUUGUCACAGCUCAUUUGAAUAGCUUGUGAAUUGGCUUAAGACUGAAUGACUUGUGAUGGACUCGAAUACGACACUGCCUUCGUUAAGGUUGGUUCAUACUUGGUGUGAAAGCAGAUGCAAAAAAGAAAUUGUGACACUGCAAAUCAAAUGUUGGUACUGUGAAUUCACAAAAGUCGAACACUUUUCAAAUCAAGCAAAUUUCACUGCAAGAGUGUUGUGAUGUCAAAUUGGCUUCAUUUUCGCCUGGAGCAUGGACUAAUUUUUACUUGGCCAGGAGAAAAGAUUUACAACUCACCUGGAAAGGCUCGCUCAAUUAAGGUUCAACCUUCUCACCGGAUAUGCUUAUUUGUAGCAGAAAAAAUUGAGGUUUAAAAAGGUACCACUGAGUACUCACAUGGCGAGCAAGCCUGCACCUACAUGUAUUUAAUCCAAGGCUUUCAGUCUCAUGGGGCUUUAUUCACAAGGUGGCAAUUUUGGAUAGUGCUCCACAGAUCCAAUUCAUUUAUUGAGCACUUUGAAAUAGGAAGGAGCCCGACUAUUUUGCAUCUAUUACAUCACCUUCAUUCCAACAGAUUAAAAUUUGUAAAAUAUUUGUACAGGAAUAGCCAAGCUUGUGAAUCAAUGUGGCUGACUGAAGAAUAAGCCCUGGUGCAUGUUGAUAAUUUUAUUAAAAAGUAAGCUUUUUGGAAGUGUCUUAUUGUGGUCGCUUUGGAUUACAUCAGUAAGAAUACUUAAAAUGUUGCAAUACAUGUAUGCGUUAAUUUUCUUAGAGUGGUUUCAUUUUCAGGUACUGAUGAGGAGAAGUACCUUCAGACUUUCUGUUUGGUUUCUAUUUUGCUCCACUAUCUUGGUCAUUAAUUGGAUGAAAUUGGGGUGGGUCCAACAUUUUUCUGACCCUGAUAAACCUGACCCCAGUGUGUACGGUAAUAUGACAUAUAUUUUUCGCUGAAUGCUUUCACUAGACAGAAAGCACCUGUGAAUCAGUAACCCGUCUACCAGGGACUCUUUAUAUAUAAUCAUAUAUUGUGUUAAAUGAGUUAACAUUAUAUAAAUUUAGCAGUUUGUUUUUAAUUGUUACAAUUAACAGAAUUUAUUAUAAAAAUAUAUGGUUUUGCUUUCAUAAAUUGUAUCCUAAAUUAUAUGAUGGCCCAAAUGCCAGUUAAGUUUUCUGUGUUGCACAUACAGUUUUGACGAUUUUUACUUGAAUUUCAAGCAUAACGAAUAACAGCUUAGUUGCAAAAAAAUAUGCUCAGUGUUCAAAAUGUUUGAAAUAGUGCGCUGCUUCAGAGUAAGAACCUUUUGUUUUUACGACCUUUUUAAUUUCAACGUGAAAAUCAUCAACUAUGUGCACAAGGAGGUGGAAAAUUUAACUGGCCAUUUAUUAAUGUGCAUCUGCAGACGUUGUAAAUACAUGUACAUCUUUGCCUUUACUGUUGCACACUUUUCAAAUUUGUCUUUGUAUUGGUCAGAAAAGAUGAUUUGUAAAACUUAUAUAUGUUGAAAACAAUGAAUUUAUGUAUGUACACAGAUUGAUAUAGUGUUCUUGGUCAUUUUUGAGGACUUUUAAUCUGGUAUUUAUGACAUUAUCAAUGAUUUCAUUACUCUUGAGCUUAGCUUGCCUAUUUUAAUCAUCUCUUGAAGUUUUCACUUUGUUUUGCCAAUAUAGUACAGCCCUGUCCAAGCAUGCUGGUGCCAGUUAAUUUAUUACUGCCACAAAACAACUUGCAUGAAAAAAUAAGCUACAUGUACUUGAAGUUCCUCAAGUAAGCUACAUGGUCUUGGUUUUGAAAAUCAGCUUCGUUGACCAGCAUUGGGUUUAACUCGUGCUAUUUGAGCUGUGUGUUAAGAUGAGGUUAGUCUCGGUCGUCCGCUCAGCAUGCCACCCACCGUGUGCGGUCACGUGUUUAGCAUUUUCUGCUUCGCCCAGUUGCUUCACAAAUGUCCAACUGGACUAGUAUUUACCUCACGGCCUUAUGAUGUGAUAAACGCAGAAAGCUUUCGUGUUCAGCGAGCUUAAUUUUGAAGUGUGGCUUCACAUGCACACAAGUACUGGUCAGGUUAAUGCCAAUGAUUCUGAAACCGAAAGUUGGAGAAGCAUUGGGCUGGAGUGUCUUAAAUACGUUCUUAAUUCCUGGAGGGCCCUUGUCAUUCAUGAAACUGUACAUCCAUGAACUGAAACCUAGAGGUGGAGACAAAUUUUAUCCCAGUGUUGAAGCACCCAUGAGGAACUGACAUCUCUACUCGCCUAGGCGCUACUUCAGUGUUCCUCUCUCGGUGCUCCAAUUGAAAAGGAUCAGGGUUAGAGGAAAUUAGACUAUCCAACGCUUUUGCAUUUUAGAAGUGGAUGGAUACAGUUGGAAGCUCUUUGCUGUAGUGUUUUCUGUUCAAAGUAAUGAAAACAGGGAUUCACAAGGGGGAUUUCAAGUUUGAAGAGGAGGAUCCCUGAGACACACAUCCGAAACCCAGCACUGUAACCACAAUGAAGACCACUCAUCACUUAGAGUCCCAAUGUUGUCUUUUGCCGACGCCCAACGGCUGUCGGUUGUUCCAUAUGUUAAGUCUUAUUUUGUAUUAAGUCUGACGAGGGGCAAAGUGGCAAAUUGGCAAAGUGGUUGUGUGUGUUAAAUGGGCAAAGUGACUGCAAAGUUUUCACCAUGUUUACAGGCCAAGUAGAGGGGAUCAGAUAGUGAUUCUAGAAGCCUCUUGAUGAAGUCGAAUCCCCUUAUGCUAACACAGAACUGGAUUCAUUAGUUUCAUUUGUUUAACCCUAAUCCCAAGGGUUUUUGUAAAAUCAUAUUUACAUGUAUUAUUAGAGGAUUCCAGGACUGUUAGGGUUAUAACUCAGACAAAGUCCCGGAGCAGAUUUAAAGGUUAUAAAAGUUCUAGUUUCUGCCGGAAUAGUUGUUAAGGUUUAUUGGGGCAUUGAGCCAAACAGUUCACUGUUUUAUUAGCUUAUGACUUCUGUAAAUGGUUUGCAAAGAGGAUCAACUCCGUAAAAGGCACGGACACAGUAGUGAAGACAUGAAAACAUAUUCUAAGCGCUUUGUUCUAAUUUAAUAUUUAGACCCGGGUCAGAUAAAAAUGAUCAGGAAUAAUUUAUUAGAAACUUGACCCUGACAGCUUAGCUGGUUCAGUUAGGUUUUUUAAACUCGUCUGCGUGGUUAAGGGUUGGUAUAUGAGAAUAAUACUAUAAAAGGUUGAUGUAUAUUGAAACAGUGAUAAAGAUAUGGAAAUAAACAUGUGUUGUAAGUUUAUUUUGAGGCCCAUAACAGAAAACCUUUUUUGCACCUACAAAAAGUGCUUUUCUGCCUUUGAUUUUAUCGACAUAACAAAGUGUUGCUUGUCACACCUUUAUUCCUGACAAGACUUCAAGCAAUUCAUAGCUCUGUUGGGGGCAAGACGUGUUUUCGGCAACUUCCAGAACAGGUGGUGGCCUAUCCAGGUUUUUGUUGAGAUGUGGCCGACUUUUCCAAAGUUUUGGAAUGCUUGAGGUAAUGUUUGUGCCAAUUGUGUAUGCACUUUUCAAAAGAAAAGGUUGGAAUGAAAACAGCAAAAAAAUCCCCUCUCAUACACUACUCUUAGCUCUUAAUGUACAGUUUGCCAAAUUUCGUCAAAAAUUUUACCUAUUGAAUUUUGUAAAUUCUAUUUUUUUUUGUGAUUUGCCAGUUUUUGCCGAGUACUAUUUUGACUGUUACGUAGUGCUCUCUGCUUUCCCAUUUGCUGUAGUUUAAAUUGAUAUUAUUUCGGUAUUAAACGUGUUUAUACCCGGAAACAACUUGACUGCAACUUAACAUGAAGCACUGGGCUUAGCAGUGAAAAAGUUCUGCUGUACAUGUACAUCUUGAUCAGGGUGACGCAGAGUGUUUCAAUGAACACAUAAUUGUCGAUUAAAAAGUUUCAUUACGUUAGCUGAACAAGGAAA